ACGACAUGUACCGCGGCCGAGUGUAACGACACAGCUACUUAGCUAGCUAAUUAGCUAGCUUAUAGAGCCUCGGACUUAAUUGUCCACGGAAGUCAUUGAGGUUCAGCGGUUUUAUUUAUCUUAAACUACAGCAUAUAUGUAGCUAAUUUAUAAUUUCAAUGGCGUUCAAUGGCCACCAACGCGACGAUGAAACUAUCGACAAAGACGAAACGCCCACGAAGCAGCCGCGGUCUAACAAGGAGAUGCCCGGUUAUUACAGGAACGAGCCCAACAAUGAGGCAUCCGCGUCCGCAGGAAGAGCCGCAUCCGACCGGCGGACCUCCAACUCGACGGCGAGGCAGCGGAUCGACUCGGUGAAGAAAACAAGGCCGCCAUUUCCCUGGUUUGGGAUGGACAUUGGAGGCACCCUGGUGAAGCUGGUGUAUUUCGAGCCCAAAGACAUCACAGCAGAGGAGGAGCAGGAAGAGGUGGAGAACCUCAAGAGCAUCCGGCGCUACCUAACCUCCAACACUGCCUAUGGUAAAACAGGCAUCAGGGACGUGCACCUGGAGCUACAGGACCUAACACUGUGCGGCAGGACAGGGAACCUGCACUUCAUCCGCUUCCCCACGCACGACCUGCCAGCCUUCCUGCAGAUGGGCCGCAACAAGCACUUCUCCAGCCUCCACACCACCCUCUGUGCCACAGGAGGGGGGGCGUACAAGUUCGAGUCUGAUUUCCGCACGAUGGCGGACCUGCAGCUUCACAAGCUGGAUGAGCUGGACUGUUUGAUCAAAGGGGUGUUAUACAUCGACUCGGUGGUGUCCAGCGGACCCUCAGAGUGCUACUACUUUGAAAACCCCACCGACCCCGAUCGUUGCAUCCAGAGGCCCUACACACUGGAGAACCCUUAUCCUCUGCUGCUGGUCAACAUAGGGUCUGGGGUCAGCAUCCUGGCCGUCUACUCUGAGAGCAACUACAAACGAGUUACAGGGACCAGCCUUGGCGGUGGGACCUUCCUGGGCCUGUGUUGCCUGCUGACUGGCUGCUCUACUUUCGAGGAGGCUCUAGAAAUGGCUUCUCAAGGGGAGAGCACCCGAGUGGACAAGCUGGUUCGGGACAUCUAUGGGGGCGACUAUGAGAGGUUUGGGCUGCCAGGCUGGGCUGUGGCCUCAAGUUUUGGCAACAUGAUGUCGAAGGAGAAGAGGGAGUCGGUGUCCAAAGAGGACCUGGCCAGGGCAACACUGGUCACCAUCACUAAUAACAUCGGCUCCAUCACCAGGAUGUGUGCUCUAAAUGAGAACAUAGAGAGAGUGGUGUUUGUGGGCAACUUCCUCAGAGUGAACACUCUCUCCAUGAAGCUGUUGGCCUAUGCCAUGGACUACUGGUCUAAAGGACAGCUCAAGGCACUCUUCCUCCAGCACGAGGGUUACUUUGGAGCGGUUGGAGCCCUACUGGAGCUCCUGCAUCCGUCCUAAUCCGUCCAAACUACACCCAAAGAAGUAGUUGUUAAUCUGCUGCAAAGACCAUUAGCACUUUAGUCUGUUCAGAUGAAUUCCACACUGUUGUGCCAGCUAUUAUUCAGUUACUGGUCAGUUUUGAUUGUGACAGGCAAGCUGUCCAAAAUUUGGAGGUCCUGUUUCAUUCUCAUAAAUCAAGGUGCUUUGUAAAAUGGUGGCUUCUAAAUGUUGAUACAUAUCUACUGUUGUGGUCAGUGGAUGGAAGUCUGUGUCCUGCCCUCACCAAAGUUGUAUGCAGAAAAGUCGACAGUCAUCGUCAGCAGGACUUUUCAGAAACAAGCUAAGUUUGGUCUAAAACAUCUCAAGGAAAUUCACCACAGUUGCCUGAAAUACUGUAGGUCAAAAAUUACUCAUCAUCACGUAGUCUUCUUGUGGACUGAACUUACCGUCAGUGAGUAUCAGGUCCUGGGCCAAAUAUGUGCAAGUACUUUGUAAGGUUUAUGUUACUCAAUGUAGGUAGCAGGUGGAUGGGGGUUUAUUCAAUUGGACAAUAGUGUGUGAGUUUAUACUGUGGGUGCUUGAACAUAAAGAUCAUCAGAUGAAAGAUUUUCCCAGAAAAGCAUCAUUCAUCAUUGUUGAUUUGCAGAAUAUGUUGUUGAGUUAUAGUUUGGUCUAUAAAAUAUCAGAAAAGUUUAAAAUGUCCAACAUUAGUUUCCAGAAGUUGACUUAAAAGAUUCUAGAUUUGGCUGAUCAAUAUCAAUAAUUCUAAACCCAAAGAUACUUAGUUUACUAUCAUAUAAAUUAAAAAAAUGCAGGAAAUCUUCAUGUUUUAAGAAGCUGGAACCACCAAUUACUGUUUUUGCAAUUCUAUUGAUUAUCUGCCUAUUGAUCGACAGAUCCUUUCAGCAGUUGUAAAUGAACGCCAACAGCACUGGUUGGUUUUAUAAAAUACAUGCUGAGCCGAUUGAUUGAGCUGAGAUGAUUGAACUGUGCAGCUGAAAGCACUCACUACAGACUGUAGCACGACUGACCCUCUGUCAGACAAGAUAUCUUCAGUCCUGCCACUAGGCUGAAACCAAACACUGAGACUCAUUUACAACCACUUAAUAGUGUUUUAUCUUCUGUUAGCAUGUAUGUGUUGUCACCAGUUCAACUUUGAAUGAGGGUUUGAAUGAUAAAUUAUUUUUUAACAGUUGCUGCAAAAAAAGCGGGCAGAUUUUCCUCACUGGGUGUUGACACACAUUUAAAUUUACAUUUUACAUUUCAGCCUCCAUUAGCAUCAUAAUUGAUAAAAAUGCACAUUGUCACCAUUUCCUCAGAUGUAUUCUUUAAUCAUAAAAUUAACAGUCAUUUGUUUGUCAUUUGUAAAUUGUUUCUGCCUCUUUAAACGGUAAAUAUCUUCCUGUUACAGUAGUUUUUCUAACUGGGAUCUCAGUAUUGGUUAAGUUUAUGAAACAAAUUGUUUACUCCAGGCUGUUUUUAGCAACAGUGCUAGUAUCAGGAAAUCUAGACAAUCAGUUUCGGGGUUUGUUAGACUGUACUGUAAUGUAUGAGUGAUACAUUUAAGUCCCUUUCUGACUCCAAACCCCUGCCCUGCUGAAGUGUCCUUGUGCCACUGCAUCCAUCCCCUUGUAGAGAGAAAUCAGAGCAAGUUGAAAGCUGUUAAGAAAUGUGAAAAUGGAACAUGGAGGUAAAAUCAGGACACUAUAUCCCUGAAUUUUUCCAAGGAUCAAGAAAACUUCUUUUGAUGCAGAAACUUGAUGCACACCUCCAGUGGAGGUUCUGAGCCCUGUGAUCCCCCAAACCAUUUCUGUGUUGUUGAUCAUGUUUAGUAUACGCUCAAAUAUUAAUGUUUUGAAUUUAAUGUACUUCUUGGUCAGUCCCCCUGAGGCUUUUGUUUUAUAAGAGGACUUCAGCAAGGUAGAACUUGAAAACUGUUCAAGCUUAUGUCUCCGAUGUGUUACCAGAGUUGUUACUCUUUCCAUCAUUUUAUUUUAUGCUUAUCCGUCCCAUUUUAAUGUAAUCUUUUUGUUUUCCGUUAUCGGUCCAUCGAUGGAUUACAGGGACCAUAGUGAAUCAUAAUCUACCUAAUGAAGGGAUUUGACUCCCGAAACAGUUGGAAAUUCGGUGGACACAGUUUUUCAUCUGUCAGGUAUCUGAGAUAAUGUAUCUGCAAGUUAUACAGUGAGUUCAUUUUAAAUGAAGUGCCUGUCAUGCUUUAUGUAUAGAAUGCAUACAACAAAGUGAUUUAAAAUGAGAUGAACUGAUGUGUAAUUCUCAAGGUUUCCCUCUAUUGUUUGCUUCUAUGCUGCAAAGAAAACAUACCUCUUUUGUAACAGAUCGCAAAUUUCUUAUUGCACUGUCCCUAUUAAAUACAAACCUUUC